AUGGGAGACACUGUAUGCUCUGCUCUCAUGAACACCCCUCUUCCACCUAAGCUGUCGCAGCAGCACCUCCCUGAAGCCCUCAUUGCUGAAGUGUUAUCAUGGCUUCCGGUGAAAGACCUCACCCGAUUCAGGUGCACGUGCAAGGGUUGGAACACCCUCAUCUCUGAUCCCACCUUCAUCAAAUUGCACCUCCGUAGAUCAGCAACACGGAACCCCCACCUCUUGUUAGAUUUCACCCCCUUACCUGUAAGUCGUUUACUUGAGAAUUCACCGACCAUGCUUGUCUAUGAUCGUCCCCGCCGGUUGAAGAGUAAUGGAUUGAAACCCUACAUAGUCGUCGGUUCAUGCAACGGGUUGAUAUGCUUGCACUGUCUUUCUUACAAAAGCCGAAAGAGCUGGCUUUGUUUCUGGAACCCGGCCCCGAGGUUAAUGUGUGAUAAAUUAGGGUAUUUUUGUACUGAUAGCAUGAAUUUCAAGCUCACCUUUGGAUAUCAUAAUUCAACGGACACUUUUAAGGUUGUGCUUUUUGAUUUUAAAAGAGCUCAGGUGAGAGUUUUCACCUUGGGUAGUAAUUUGUGGAGGGACAUUCAAAAUUUGCCCCAGUCUACUAUUCUGCACAACACUUCCAGACCAAAUGGAGUGAAUUUGAGUGGCACUCUUAAUUGGUUGGCACUUCCUCACAAUUGCCAUGCUUCUUAUGAACAUAAUAAGGAUAUUACUGUUGAGCAAUUUAUGAUUAUUUCGCUUGAUCUGGGAACGGAGACUUACACCCAGAUUCUGAUGCCUCGAGGUUUUGAUGAAGUGCCUUUUCUUGAGCCAAAUAUUGGGGUUUUGAUGGAUUGUCUGUGUUUUAGUCAUAUUUGGAAGAGAACCCACUUUGUGAUAUGGCAGAUGAAGGAGUUCGGCGUUGAGAAGUCUUGGACUCAAUUACUGAAGAUUAAGUAUCAGGAUCUUCAUAUGGAUCCUCAUACUAGUGCCUUCGAAAAUCAAUAUCAACUGUUUCCAUUGUGCUUUUACAAUGGUGACACAUUGGUGUUGGCAAGUUUUGCCGGCGAUCAAGCGAUACUAUAUAAUAGGAGAGACAAUACAUCAGAGACAACUAGAUUUACAAAUAUAAUUGGUUGGUUGACUUGGUUCCGUGCCAUGGAUUACGUUGAAAGCUUGGUUUCCCCUUACUGA